ACCAUGUCAUGUCAUUUGGAUUGUAGUUCUUUGGGACAAAGAACUCUUUUUUUAAUUUUUUUUUAAUGUUUAUUUUUGAGAGAGAGAGACAGAGUGUGAGCAGGGAAGGGGCAGAGAGAGGGAGUCACAGAAUCCGAAGCAGGCUUCAGGCUCUGAGCUGUCAGCACAGAGCCCGACGUGGGGCUCGAACUCAUGAACCAUGAGAUCAUGACCUGAGCCGAAGUCAGAUGCUUAACCGACUGAGCCACCCAGGUGCCCCUGGGACAAAGAAACAUUAUCAUAGUGCCAUGUUCUCUUCUCACAGUAAAUAUUGCUGGUUUGGAAAAAACACCUAAGACUUUACAUACUGACAGUGUUUGAGGAUGCUAAGUAAGCAGCAUUAAAUUAUAUCCCUCAGCUUAUGGGAUAAGAUGUAACUAAAAGAAUGAGGAAAGGAAUUUUUAGUCUACGUCCAAGCCACCUUGGCAAAUUCAAGUUUUGUAUUUCUGAAGAGGACUUAGAAGGAAUAGCCUCUGUAACAAAACCUUUGUGAUCACUAUAAUCGGGAGUCUUUGCUGGUGUCGAAGGUCAUGCAUGUAGAUGUUUUAGUUAACGUAAUCUAACCACUGAAACGAAAAAGGAAAACUACAACACAUCACUGCCACGACAUCCCAGUCGAAGUUUAUUUCUCACAUCCCGGCUCAGGGUGCGGUGAGGGCACGGGCAGGUGGUUGGCUCCACUGUGUGUCGAUUCAGGAGCCCAUACUGCCGGCAGCUCUGCUAUCUUCAGCUCGCUCCGAGGUCUUCCUUGUAAUCAGUAUUCAGCCCUUGCCUGAGAAAAGAGCAUAGAGGAUGGUUUGUAGGCAUUUUUCACGGGUAGGGACAGAAAGUAGAAAAUGUCAUUUCUGCUCACACAGGGACGUGGCACCCCUUAACUACAGGAGGAGUCAGAAGAAGAGGAAACCUGGCUGGUACUCAGCCCCUGCUGUUGAAGGAGAAUGCAUAGAAGGGCUGCGGGAAAAUGACUACCUUCUGAUUCAUUCGUGCCGUCAGUGGACCACUAUCACUGCCCACAGCCUGGAGGAGGGGCACUACGUCAUUGGGCCAAAGAUAGAGAUUCCGGUACAUUAUGCAGGGCAAUUCAAGCUGCUGGAACAAGACCGGGAUAUAAAGGAGCCAGUGCAAUAUUUCAACAGUGUGGAGGAGGUGGCUAAAGCAUUUCCUGAACGCGUGUACGUCAUGGAGGAAAUAACAUUCAACGUGAAGGUUGCUUCGGGUGAGUGCAACGAGGACACCGAAGUUUACAACAUCACCCUUUGUACUGGGGAUGAACUCACUCUAAUGGGGCAGGCAGAAAUCUUGUAUGCAAAGACUUUCAAAGAGAAGUCACGACUCAACACAAUCUUCAAAAAGAUUGGGAAACUCAAUUCCAUCAGUAAGCUGGGCAAAGGCAAAAUGCCCUGCCUCAUUUGCAUGAAUCACCGGACCAAUGAAAGCAUUAGCCUUCCAUUCCAGUGCAAGGGCAGAUUUAGCACCCGGAGUCCCCUGGAGCUUCAGAUGCAGGAGGGCGAGCACACCAUCCGCAACAUUGUGGAGAAAACCAGGCUCCCCGUGAAUGUGACUGUGCCCAGCCCUCCCCCCAGGAACCCCUACGACCUCCACUUCAUCCGUGAGGGGCAUCGCUAUAAGUUUGUGAACAUCCAGACCAAGACAGUGGUGGUUUGCUGUGUGCUGCGGAACAACAAGAUCCUCCCCAUGCACUUCCCUUUGCACUUGACCGUCCCCAAGUUUAGCCUCCCAGAACACUUGGUGAAGGGAGAAGUGUGGCCCGAAACCCUGGUCCAUCACUGGCUGGGUAUCUGCCAGGAACAGUUCGACAUCGAUGAGUAUUCCCGGGCUGUCCGAGACGUGAAAACUGACUGGAAUGAGGACUGCAAGAGCCCCAAGAAGGGCCGGUGCUCUGGCCACAACCACGUGCCCAAUUCGCUUAGCUACGCUCGCGAUGAGCUCACCCAGUCCUUCCACCGGCUCUCCGUCUGUGUGUAUGGCAACAAUCUCCAUGGCAACAGCGAGGUGAACCUUCAUGGCUGCAGGGACCUGGGGGGAGAGUGGGCCCCCUUUCCUCAUGACAUCCUGCCCUACCAGGACCUGGGUGACAGUGGGAGCGACUACCUUUUCCCGGAAGCCAGUGAGGAGUCAGCAGGCAUCGCAGGCAAGUCAGAACUCCCGUACGAAGAGCUCUGGCUGGAGGACGGCAAGCCCAACCAGCAGCCCCUCACUCGUUCCCUGAGCGAGGAGAGCAGAUGCGAUCAGCCCAGAGGUUCUGUCCGGUCCAAGUGCGCAGCCUCUCCUCUUCCUGCCCCCGGAGCUCUGGGAGCGGCAGUGAAGUCUUCAGAGAUCGCCCUACCUCCGCCUCCAGUGCCUCCCAAAUCUGAAGCCGUCAGGGAAGAGUGCCGGCUCCUGAACGCCCCUCCUGUUCCACCCCGAAGCGCAAAGCCUUUGUCCACAAGCCCCUCCGUCCCUCCUCGUGCAGCCAAGCCAGCGCGGCAGCAGACUCGCUCUCCCAGCCCCACCUUGUCCUACUAUUCUUCAGGGCUGCACGACAUCAGCGUUCCUAAAAGUGACACCGGUCCUUCUGAGAGUGCUCCCGUGUCCUGCUAUCCCUGUAACCGAGCGAAAGCCGAUUCCGUGGACCCCAAGUCCCCGACGGGCAGUCCUUCUGCUGAAACCCUCUCCUCCAGGCUCUCGUGGCCCAACCACUAUUCGGGAGCGUCGGAGAGCCAGAGCAGGGGGGACUUCCUGCCGGGGCCAAGCAGGAGUUACAGUUACCCCAGACAGAAGACGCCAGGCACACCAAAGAGAAACUGCCCAGCACCCUUUGAUUUUGACGGCCAUGAGCUCUCGGCCAGCCCCCCCGGCUCGGUCACUUCAGAAUUCAGUGGCGGCGUCUCUGCCUGUCCCAAGUCAGCCAGCUACUCUGUGGAGAGCACAGAUGCGAAAACGCUGGCCGCGGACACAAGCAAGCAGAGUAUCUCGUGCCCUGCCUUACCCCCCAGGGCCCCAAAACCGGUGGAAGAGAAAGCCACCUCGGACACUUCUCCUUUGCCUCUGAAAAUUGAUGGUGCUGAGGAAGACCCCAAGUCCGGGUCACCGGACCUCUCCGAGGACCAGUACUUUGUUAAAAAGGGCAUGCAGGACAUCUUCUCCAUCUCCUACCCUUUCUCCUCUCCGCUUCACCUCCAGCUGGCCCCCAGGUCCUGUGGCGAUGGCUCCCCGUGGCAGCCACCCGCUGACCUGUCGGGACUCUCUAUAGAGGAAGUGUCCAAAUCGUUACGGUUUAUCGGUUUGUCUGAAGAUGUCAUAUCGUUCUUUGUUAGCGAGAAGAUCGACGGGAAUUUGCUCGUUCAGCUAACGGAAGAAAUCCUCUCGGAGGAUUUCAAAUUGAGCAAACUGCAGGUGAAGAAAAUAAUGCAAUUCAUUAAUGGCUGGAGGCCCAAAAUAUAGCCAAACAACCCCAGCUAGCGUUGGACGAAACUGAUGUACGUGUGUGCCAGAGGGGGUGCGCUGGGACACAAUUCCAUGUUUUUUGCACUAAAAACCUUCUCUGUAAAUAGGGAUAAGAGACACUCCUACUAUGCAGAUUACGUUUUUGAAUGGUGAACAGGCUAUUUUGUACAUCAAUAAAAAUGCUGUACAGAACA